AUAAACAUGUUAAUUAAUCACUCGAUCAGUAUUUUAGCAUAAUUUUAUUAGGGUUUAAUUUGUGUUGGUGUUGCCAUGGCGCGUUCUUUAAAUGAUACGUUUAAUUUAAUUAGUGCGAACAAGUGCUGUGUGAAACUGUGAUUUUGUGAUGUGUUUUGAAUUAAACAUUUUAAAUUGUAUUUGGAUACAAUUGGAAUUUUGCUUUUAAAAAGCCAUGCCAACGCGAGACUACAAGCGUCGGAAACAAAUCUAGGCGGUGGUGUACCGCCCCUGCGCCGUGAGAUGCGCGAGGCUGUGAGGCGGAGCCAUGGACUGCUAUAUGCCCAACAACCCGCAGUACGGGCUGGCGGAGUACUGCCCCGGCUGCCACGGACUCUGCUGCGACCCUCUGCAGCCCUGCACCUGUGUCGAUCAAGUCAGAGAGUUCGCGGAAGACGAGUGCUGCCAGCAAGAAACCGAAAACUGCUGCCCGGAAAAUGGAGAGGAGCUGGGGGCGCUGGGAGAGUCGCUCCCUUGCGAUGUGAGCCUGGCGCCAGCGGGCGACGCCUGGCCCGACGAUAUGGCCUCGUUCUCCCUGCCGCCGCUAGACCUCGAUCCCCUACCCUCUCUCUUCCCGUUUUCACCUUGCUCCGGGUACAACAGGAACAGCGGCGGGGAGUGCAAGGAGCGCGGCGGGGGAGAGGCGGCUGACGUCCUCCUCUCCCUCAAGCACGCCGUGGUGCACGGAGACUGUGCCACAGAGAGCGUACACCCACAGAUGAUGAUGAACGGCAGUGGGGGGUAUCCGUACUACGAGCACUACAGCGGCGCCCCCCUCUUUCCCACCAUGAGCGUCAACGUGUCUAUGAACAUGACCAUGCACGGCUGUCCACCUGAUCAGCUAUGCUCACAGGUACAGUGGAAUCAGAACGCGUCAACGCCAUCUGUCAACGUGGUAUACCCUCAAGCUCAAAACGUCAUCAGUCCAACAUCAUAUCCAUCAGCCACGUAUUCUUUCACAGCUGACUUCAGACCUCCCAACCAAUCAGAUCCUCUGAUCACCGCUUCUUCCACAUUCAAACCCCUACAACUCCAAAACUCACAGAAGACCAACCCCAAUUAUUCUUUAUUCCAACAAAAACCCAAUUAUACGAGUCAGAAGAUGAUAGCACCGGUGCUUAAGAGAUCGCCUCCCAAGAUGUACGUGCAGGAAGGUCAGAAAGACCAGAAUAUUAACAAUGGAUAUACGGUGCUGAAUCAUCAAGGUCAGGUCCACUCUCAGGACUACGGAUACUCGGCUUGUGUUAAUUCUUCAGGCAAAGUUCAGGUUGGUGCUCUAAGCGGUUGUUCAGAAGACGACGAACAGAAGCCGAACUUAUGCCGUAUCUGUGGCAAAACGUACGCGCGGCCGAGUACUCUCAAGACGCAUUUACGGACACAUUCCGGGGAAAGACCGUAUCGCUGCCCCGACUGCAACAAGAGUUUCUCACAAGCCGCCAACUUGACAGCGCAUGUCCGGACUCAUACUGGCCAGAAGCCGUUCAGAUGUCCCAUUUGCGACCGACGGUUCAGUCAAAGCUCGAGUGUGACUACUCAUAUGCGGACACAUUCCGGUGAAAGGCCGUAUCAGUGUCGAUCGUGUAAGAAGGCGUUUUCGGACAGUUCCACGUUGACAAAACAUUUGAGGAUACAUUCAGGAGAAAAGCCGUAUCAAUGCAAACUGUGCUUACUCAGGUUUUCUCAAUCUGGCAACCUCAACCGUCACAUGCGCGUCCACGGCAACAUGUCAGGUGGAGUACUUGGCUGACAUCUACAGAAGUGCGGUCUGCCGGCCGUAUACUCUUAUAUAUAGUGCAAUAUUUCUUGCCCAAUACUACCAUUUCAUAAUUAAUCAAUAGGUAGUUAAAAGUGUAUUUAAGGCUCGUAGCGCACAGCCGAAGCGAAGCUAACUUUGAUAUGAAACUGGCAUAUGUUUUCGUUUACGAUGAAAGGUGCAGGACACUAGCAGAUACAAAACCAAAUAGAAUAUAAAGCGAAAAUGAUAAUUGUGCUCAAUUUGUUUGCUUUCGCGGCUUUGCGCUACAAACCAUAUUGUCGAAGUUAAUCUGGCAAACGGCAAUUAUUUUCAUACUUCAAGUAAAUAUCAUGCGCUUUCCCCUUUUUUAUUUCUAGCAACACGCACAUAAACAUAGAGCAAUAGUAUUUUUAUAUUUUCUUUUUAAACCAUUGUAUUCAUAUCAUCUUGUCCUGUCUUAGU